AGGCAAAAUAAUUGAGAUGAAGAGAAAUAGAUUUGUGACAACAUCUAACUAGAUUAAUUUUAAAGAAUGAUGAAUAUGAGUGAAAAUAUAAGUGACUGGAUUGGUAGAAGUGGAAAUGAAAGUGACUGGAAUGGUAGGAGUGGAAAUAUAAGUGACUGGGAUGAAAAUGGCGGGAACGGAGAUAUAUUAAAUUAUGAAGAUGAAGAUCUAAAUCUUAACUUUACUCAAGAUUAUUGUCAGGAUCACAUUAAAAUAAUAAGAAAAUACGAUCCUUACUAUGGAACAGUUUGUGCUCUGUACUUUGUUUUCGGUAUUGUCUGCCUGUUUUUCGGCUAUCGAUGUUUUAAGGCGAUAAUGUUUUUCUACGGGUUCAUUUUUGGUUCAAUCAUUGUCUAUCUCAUUUGUGCGGAAGAGGCUGUGCUACCAGACUACGCGAAUGCUGGUAUCGCUCUAUCUGCUGGACUACUCUUUGGACUAAUUACAAUGUUAGUUCAGUAUGUUGGACUGUUCAUGCUAGGUUUCCACACAGGGUUAUUGACCGGCCUGAUAGGAUUGUGCUGUGUUGAACUGUACUAUAUCCCACCAACUGCCUGGGUCACCCUAGGUGUACUGCUUGGAACUGGUUUAUUAGUUGCCCUCUUUAACCUCUAUUUUCAGAAAAGUUUAACAAUAUUUGGAUCAAGUCUAUACGGAGCUGUUAUUACUAUGAUGUCAGUUGAUUUCUUUUUACAGGAUUCUGAGAUCCUGUUUUGGACCUGGGACAGGGUGAAGGUUGAUCGAUUGAUAAAUAAGGAACUAAACACAAUAGAAACUCUACCUAAAUGCUGGAUAUCGUGGAUUGUAUUCUUUGUACUUCCCGUACUGCUGGUUUUAGGUCUGAUUGUACAGUGUGCAUGUACAGGCAAGGGAAGACAUCACGAAGAAAGUUUACCGCAGGUAAAAUACCAGAAAGCAGAACAAAGUGAAACCAAAGAGGAGAGAAAGCAGAGAAAAUAUAGAUAUCUAUACCAGGUCAGGACUUGUCACGGAGAUGUUAUAUCGCAGGUUAACCGGCCGAUCUCUGGUAAAUAUGUUCAACACCUGGAGGACACAAGCUUCAGAUAGAAAGAUAGACGGAUGGAUAGAUGAAAAAAAGAAAGAUAUUACACAAAAAAAAUAAAACAGUACAUAUGUACUUUAAACACUAAACAGGGUCUUGUUGUCUUUUUGUUUUAUUUCUUUAAAGACAUAUUUUAAUACUCAUGAACUCAUGAUAUCUAGACAAAGGAUUGAUUGAUUUAUUUGAAGACGACUCAGCAUCAAGUUGAGCAUCUAGCGGGGCAUUAAUUGAGAAUGCACUUCAGGCAGAGCUGUGUACUUUUCAUCAAGAAAAUUUGGGUGUACCGUAAACAUUGGGAAUUCAAAUAAACAGAAUAAUGCAAAGUAAAAUAUACAAAUAUCUGAAGACUAGAAAAUUUGAGUUUCUUUUCUGUCCCAUUGACAGUAUAUUCUAAAUUCUGAUAUAUUUGUUGUCAUAAAAUAUUAAAGUUUGCUAUCAUUAUUGUACUAUAAAACUAUGUACUAAGCAUAUUUCAGGGGGCAAUUGUACUUCUUCAACACAAAAUUAUAAAGUUUAAAACAACCUCUGUUUAAAAUGUUCAACUAAAAAACAUCUCUGAAAGUUUAAAAAUCUCUCAUUUGAAUUUUGUACUCGUUACAAAAUAUACAAAAAUGUUUUGUGACCCCCCCCCCCCCUCUUUAUAGCCCUUUUUAAUAGAUGUGUAACUUCAAAAGAGUAAAACAGACAUUCCUUAUUUGCAUUUAAUGUUCAAUGUACCAUCAAGGGUAUUUAUUUCUAAAAUUAUUACCCCCCCCCCCCCUAGGAAAUGGAAAUUCAAAGAUUUUACUUAAAUCAAAUUAUUUGUGAUACUUUUUACCUAAUUGUAGGGAAAGGGGGGAAAUUUCUUUUGCAAAUAUUAGUGCUUAGGAACCAUUUUAUUUUGAUGCACAUCCGGAUUCUGCCCUAAAAAUGAUGGAUCCGGAUCCAGCAGGGCUUGAACAUUUCUUCAGUCAAGUUUUCUUUUUGUCAAGUUUUUUGUUUUGUGAACAAAAAGUUUUUUUAAUCCAAUUGUUGGUUGAUUAUGAUCCGUGGUUCAGCAUAUAUUGCCAAAUCCGGAUCCGGGAGGCCAAAAUGUUGCGGAUCUAACGGAUCCGGAUCCUAAGCACUGGUAAAUAUAUACCUUUAUGUAACGAUUAAACUAUAUGUUAAUGGGACAGUUCAUGGUUAAAGAACAAUUUUAACACUUUAACAUUUCGUCGUUGAAAAAACUGUUCGUGAUUUUAACAGUUAUUCGUUGGUUUUAAUUAAAUUUUAAGUUAAAAAUUAAUAAAUUGAUGGCUCAAUGUGAACUGGUACAGUUGGAACUGAUUAAAACAGUGUGUUCGAACUAAUUGAAUAAUUCAAAUGUUCAAAUUCUCAAAAAGAAAAAUGUUUGUAAAAGUAGCUGAAGAAGUUUAACUUAAUAUCACAUAGUCACUAAUUUCCAUCUGAAGGGAAAUACAAAAAAAAAUCCUUCAACCAUCAAUUGCCAUUUACUCAUUUUAUGUUGGAUUCGUUAAAUUGAAAGAUGUGAAAGUUUAACCAAAUUUAGAGCUUUAACUUAAUUUUAUUGUAUCUUUAGUCAUUGAAAGGGUUCCAUGAGAAAGGGUUCCAUGAGAAGAAUAUGGGAUAUUAAAAUAAGCAUUUUAUAUUUUUUUACUCACAAUUUUCCUGAUGAGAAAAAUUGGAUUAACAUAAUAAUUUGUUUAAUUAAAUAAUGUUUUUUAUCCAUUUUUUAAAUUGAUUAAUCCUUCCUUUUAAGUAUUUCAAUAUAUAUGCUUGGAAGAGACUGUAGACGUAGUUUCAGGAUAUCCUCCAUUUAAAUAUGGUCCGUUUCGCAAUCCAUCGAACCUUUGUUUUUGGGUAACAACAAGGUUUUUCUGCAUUAUGAAGUGUUAAUUCUGGACAUUUCUUUCAUUGUCUACUAAGUAUUAGUCCGUAAUUUCCACUUGAAAUUACGUUUGCAGUCCCUUUACUAAAGUCUAGUGCACAUUUGAAGAAUACUCUAUUGCAUAAUUUUGGAAUAAUCUCAACUUUAUUUUCUAGUCCUUUAAUCCUGUUCUAACGAUAUUCUCUUGACAAGAAAUCUAUUUACUGCCGAGAAAAUUAUCUUUUUUAUGGUCUCACACAUUUUUUUACCUUUUGUUAAGACUUUAUUUUCUGUACUCAUUUGUUGAAAGGUUUGUUGUUCAGUCAGACUCAGAACUGGGAUAGAUUUUGUCCCAUGUUUUUUACAUUGAAAAUAUAAAUUUUGUUUAUUUGCUCCAAAUUUCCUUUUUUUUACAUUUUUUUAAAAAUAUUUUAUGUGUUUUUUUGUGUGUGUAAAUCUAGUGCAUGACAUAUAUUGUAUAUUGUAAACCCUUCAACCUCGAGAAAUAAAAGAUUAUUUCUU